CUUAUUUUUUAUUUUCUAAUAGCAUUUUUUUUACCGGUCACUUUAGUAACAUGUUUCGAACGAUGAUUUUUACGGUAUAUCUUACAAUAAACGUUUCUGCGUUGAAAAGUCAACUGGCAAACGACACGGCAUCGCCGUUUUGGAUCGAUCCUUGUGGGACGCGAAACAACGAAGAGACCGUUUCGUCCGGAGAUGUCAUAGAACGCGUGUUGGUCACGGCAAAACGCAACCAACAGUGUUUUGAUCGGUUCAAAAAGCAGUUCGUCAAGAGUUUGAUUGGCGACGAAUUCGCAAAACACUAUAAGACCUGGAGCCAUUUGAAGAACACCUGGAUGCCGGACGAUCUGCCGACAACCCCGGGGCAAUUUUUGUCGAAAUUCUGGUCGAGGGGGCGGCUGUCUUUUCCCGAAGAGCUGCCGUUCACGUACGACAUCCUGCAAAGGGUGUCUGUCGGUUUCGAAAAGCUCGCCGACGAUGCACACAAAAGCAACUCGAGUUACUUUAAACGACUGUCGGCGUGCAAAAAUUAUCUACGAGAAUUGUUGUGCGAGGUGAACGACGCGAUUUAUGAUAUGGAACAAGAGCCGUUGCCGGACGUUCAAAGAGAAGUCAUGCCAGACGACGUCCGCCACGAACAGGACGAAGGCAGGAAUGAUCUGUUGAACUCUAUUAUUUUCCGAGAUUAUAUAAUAGGCGUCGAAUAUGUAAUAUGGACUUACCGAUUUUUCAAAAUUUACGAUUUCACGCUGUCACGAGGUUUAGAAUUUAUUGGAAAAAAAAAUUCGAAAUUAGAAAAUACAAUUUAACGUGUUCAACAUUAUUUCAUUUUCGUCGAAUAAAGAUAAAUUAAUGUGGACGCUGAAAACAACGCUGUAUAAAUAAUCUACAAUUUUUUCGAUAAGUACAUCGCUGGGGUACAAAUAUCUCGCCUAUGGCAAUUUGUUGCCGUGUUGUCGGUACUGUCGUUCAGCUAAACAUUUACUAAAAUGUUAUACAUUUACACAAACCCAUUAUUAUUAUUUUUUUUU